AUGUUCACCAUCCGAGCACGUACUGAGCAACGUGAUGAUCGGGCUCCGCUAGCAGCCACUACAGCUGCUGACAAUUCCGCCCGGACUCACUCUCUCUCUCUAUUCCCCCCACCCCUCCUGCAUCCAAACCCUACAUCCACCCAGCCGCCCCACCGAGGGAGUGGGGGAUCGAAUCGGGCGCGGACGGGGACGCUGAUGCUGUCCGCUGCCUCCUCCGGCGCCUCUCUCGUUCUCUCUCCCUGCCGAGCUGACAUGUUUUCACCCCGCCAGCCUUGGAUACAGCAGGACCAACGCGAGUUACUUUUAAACAAGCGCCGUGGCUGGCAAAGCUAUCGCCUCUUACGGUGUAAUAACAGCCUCCAUCUCCAUGGGUUGGCUACACGUUGCGUCCCGGACAGUAACGGGCGCAGACCCGCUCUCAUAACCCUGAAACACCGACGUCUGUCUCCGUUGGACUUGAUCUCUUCAAAAAAAGAACCCACACCAUUAGAUUUUCUCGUAGUCGAUCGCCCUCCUGCCCAAUUAGGGACCGAGGGGAACACUGACGCUGGUCCCCGCCAGCCGGGAUUGCCGAACAGUCCGCCGAAGGCUGGAUAUGUUAACGUGAAGAUGGAUUUUGCUUAUCUGCUCUCGUGGCUGCUUACAAUUGUACUAGAAGGCAUUUCUGCCCAGGGGGUGUACGCUCCACCAACUGUAAGCAUCAUGCACUCUGGUCAAGCAUGUAACAUUGAGGAAGAACGAUAUACAGAGAGAGUGUACACAAUUCGGGAAGGAGAAACAUUGGAGCUUACCUGCCUUGUUCGAGGCCAUCCGCGGCCACAGAUCAGAUGGACCAAAACAGCAGGAAGUGCCUCUGACAGGUUCCACGAUAACAGUGUCUUCAAUGAAACCCUGAGGAUCACCAGAAUUCAGCGUCACCAGGGAGGUCGCUACUACUGCAAGGCCAACAAUGGCUUGAGUACCCCUGCAAUCAAGUCCAUCAGAGUAGAUGUAUACUAUUUGGAUGACCCUGUGCUGACCGUACAUCAAAGUAUAGGUGAAGCAAAGGAACAGUUUUACUUUGAAAGGACUGUGUUCCUUAGGUGUUCAGUCAAUUCCAAUCCUCCUGUCCGAUAUAGUUGGCGUCGAGGGAGAGAAAUUCUGUCACAAGGAUCAGACAAGGGGGUUGAAAUCUAUGAGCCAUUUUUUACCCAGGGUGAAAUAAAGAUCCUGAAAUUGAAGAAUCUUCGGCCCAAGGAUUAUGCAAAUUAUAGUUGCAUUGCGUCAGUCAGAAAUGUUUGUAACAUACCCGACAAGAUGGUCUCAUUCAAGCUCAGCAAUGCAACAGCUUCCCCCUCCAUCAAACUGUUGAUUCCUGAGCAGAUAGUCGUAAACCCUGGAGAUUCGGUAUCAAUGGUGUGUGUCACAACUGGAGGGGAUCCCCCUCCUACUCUUACCUGGAUCAAAGCCAUUGGAUCUCUUCCUGAAACAAGUGUGCUGAAAGGAGGGACGUUAACGCUGCACUCCAUCAAUGCGGAGGAGGCCGGGGCAUACAGCUGCCUUGCUAACAACAAUGUGGGCAACCCUGCUAAAAAGUCCAGUACAAUCACUGUAAGAGCUCUGAAAAAGGGACGUUUUUGGAUUACCCCAGAUCCGUACCAUGAUGACGACAACAUUCAGAUUGGCCGUGAGGUUAAAAUUUCCUGUCAGGUGGAGGCCAUUCCCCCGGAUGAGCUGACAUUCUCUUGGUUCAAGAAUGGACGUCCACUUCGGAGCUCGGAAAGGAUGGUUAUUUCCACAACGGAUCCUGAUGUCUCACCAGGCACAACCAGUCUGGACAUUAUUGACUUGAGGUUCACAGAUUUUGGGACAUAUACUUGUGUAGCUUCGCUAAAUAGCAAGGUUGUGCCUGACAUCAGCAUUGAUGUGAACAUCUCCAGCAGUACAGUUCCACCAACGCUAUCUGUCCCAAAAGAAAAGUCUCUGAUGGUUGCUCGAGAAGCUGACACAGUGGAACUGCAAUGCUUGGUUUCUGGGAAGCCGAAGCCCAUAAUCCUCUGGUCUCGCUAUGAUAAGGAAAAGGAAAAGGAGCUUCCAAUGCCUGAUGGCUCCAUGCAAAUGGAAAGUUAUGAUGGGUUACUGCGCAUCGUGAAUGUGUCCAGAGACAUGAAUGGAAUAUAUAAAUGCCAAACGAGCCAGUACAAUGGAUUUAACGUGAAACCGCGGGAAGCAGCUGUACAGCUCAUCGUGCAAUACCCACCAAGUGUGGAGCCUACAUUUCUGGAGAUUCGGCAGGGUCAAGGCCGGACCAUCACCAUGACCUGUAGAGUGCUGAAAGCUUAUCCGACCCGUGUGCUGGACUUUGAGUGGAAACUGGGAAAUAAGAUUUUAUUAACAGGGCGCUUUGAGUCACAGGAUUAUACGCAGAUCAGAGUGGACCAUCUCUCCAAAGACAACUAUGGAGUUUACAGCUGCAGCAUCAGUAAUGAAGCUGGUGCUGGCACGUGCAGCUUCCUUGUGACAGGUAAAGCUUAUCCUCCUGAAUUCUAUUACGAUACACCCAACCCACUUUGGCAAAAUCGAGCCCGAGUCUAUUCCUACAUGCUGCAGUGGACCCAGAUGAAUCCUAAUGCCGUUGACCGUAUCCUAGCAUAUCGUUUGGGGAUUAGGCAGACUGGCCAACAGCGCUGGUGGGAGCAAGAGAUCUCCAUGAAUACAAUGAUCCAGACAGGAGAGUUAAUCACACACAACCUCACUGAACUCUUGAAGCCUGAGGCCUAUGAGGUUCGCCUGACACCUAUUACACGAUUUGGGGAAGGCGAUUCCACCAUCCGAGUCAUUAAGUACACCGACGCUCCUAUGACAAAUCCACAUUUGGGAGAAUUCAACUGUGCAUUUGAAAAUGAUAAGAUCUGUGGGUUCACCCAAGACCGGCUCGAUAACUUUGACUGGACAAGGCAAAGUGCUUCAACUAGGAAUCCAAAGUAUACUCCAAAUACAGGACCGAGUGCUGAUCGAAGUGGCUCCAAGCAAGGUUACUACAUGUAUAUAGAAACUUCUCGCCCUCGAAAGGAAGGUGAAAAGGCUCGGCUACUGAGUCCUAUUUUCAGUACACUGCCUAAAAAUCCAUAUGGAUCAACAAACGGUGCUUACUGUGUCAGCUUCUACUAUAACAUGUAUGGAAAGCACAUAGGUACUUUGAACCUUUUUCUACGAUUCAAGGGAUCGACUAUAACUGAAAAUCUUAUUUGGAGUAUGUCUGGCAACCAAGGGGAUCAAUGGAUACAUGCAAGUAUCAACAUCAAUCCAAGUGGAACUUUUCAGCUGAUAUUUGAAGGCAUUCGGGGGCCUGGUAUAGAGGGGGAUAUUGCAAUCGAUGACAUAACUGUAACAGAAGGGGAGUGCCGGAAGGUAGAUCAGCCUCGCAACAAUUUGAAAACUGGUGGUGCAGUCUCUGUAUUGAUACAUAUAUGGCUGUUUCCAGUCACUCUUCUCAUCGCCAUGUUAAGCCAUCGAAGGUGACCUUAUUACGGCAGAGGCUGUGAAAAGAUUCAUCAGGCAUUGCACAAAGAAUGAAUCUUUAUACAUGGACCUUCAAAAAUAAUUACCAAAGAUUCAUCAGCUGACUGCAGAUUUCGACAGUACAAUUGGUGAUGAAAAGCAUCAUGGGAGUGAGAAAGGUGCCAGAUUUGAAUAAAAAACAAAGUGUUCCUAUGAAAAAUAGUCAACCCAAGAAAGAUUUUUUUUGUUGUUCUUGCUUUGGAGGGAUUUGAAAAUACAACUGCAUCUUGAUGGGCUCUGAGCGAGCUUAGAAAAUUUGUCAAAGCACAAAGAUUUAGCUGGUUUUAUUACAGUUGAAUGGUGAUGCUUGUCAACAGGAGACAAAAUGGAUGGCCAACAAAAAAAAAAAAUUCCUACUGGAAACAGGGUAGAAGAAGUGCUGACAAUUACUCCCCUUGAGAAAUUUUCAGCAAAGCAUUAGAAAACUGCGGGACCUUGUCCUCAGCUGCUCAUUCUGCUGUGAAUACCUGAUCUCACGAUUGUCCAUAGCAAGCAUUUAAUUUCUUUCCUGCCCCUUCACUGUCAACUUUGCUGUGCUUUAUUACACGUUUGGUCUCUCUGCAUGCAUUUCUGCCCAUUGUAUGUGAACUGGGCACAAAUAGUACAUGGGCUAAAUAGGAGUUUGCUUGUGGCCAUAAGAACACAACUGGUCAUCUGUCUGAAGUGAAGAAACCAAACCACCUUCUGUUCAUGACAUGCCAUAAAACCAAGUGCCUUCAAUUUGAAAAAAAAUAUAUAAAAAUUGCCUGAAUCACUUAAAUAGAAAACACUUUGCACUGCUAACUUUGGAGUGUGUGUAAAACCUUUUGUAUAUAUGUUGCAGCCGAUUCCUACAAUUAACAGGCAAAGCAAGCAGCCACUGUAUGGUUCCUCCAAGCAGAGACUCGAGUUACAAUCGAAGUCCUUGGGCAAGGCAUUCAUUAAAGCCAUCGAGGUGGUCGCAGCCUGUGAGCAUGUGAUUCUAUGGAAAAAUAACUUCCACCACUUAGGCUGAUAUUGGGAGCAUCACUUUGUACAGUUAUUGAGUGCAAAUGCGAUGACCAGAGCAAAGGUCCUCUAGAGGUGCGCACAGCCCAGAGAAUUCAAACAGAUGAUGGAUUGUACUUAUUUACG